GUAGCGGCGGCUCUCCUGCGGAAUGCGGCCGGCACUCGAGUCGCCGGGGAGGAGGCUGGGGUGACCUCGUGGUUAAGCAGCUCUGCGGUCCGCGUUCGCAGCCCAAAGCUGGCAGCGUGGGCGUUUUAGGAGAUGGGGGAAGACCUCCGUGUGGAUGGCCGCAGCUGUGAGGACUACCGAUCUGUUGAAGUGGAAACCGAUGUGGUGUCCAACACCAGUGGGUCUGCAAGGGUCAAACUGGGCCACACAGACAUCUUGGUGGGAGUGAAAGCAGAAAUGGGGACACCGAAGCUGGAAAAACCAAGCGAAGGCUACCUGGAGUUCUUUGUUGACUGUUCAGCCAAUGCUACCCCUGAAUUUGAAGGUCGGGGAGGUGAUGACCUUGGCACAGAGAUCGCUAACACCCUCUACCGUAUAUUUAACAAUAAGAGCAGCGUCGACCUGAAGUCCCUUUGCAUCAGUCCGCGGGAGCACUGCUGGGUCCUCUAUGUGGAUGUGCUGCUGUUGGAGUGUGGUGGAAAUUUGUUCGAUGCCAUUUCCAUUGCUGUGAAGGCUGCUCUCUUCAAUACAAGGAUACCGAGGGUUCGUGUUCUGGAAGAUGAAGAGGGAUCAAAGGACAUUGAACUCUCUGAUGACCCUUACGACUGCAUCCGACUAAGUGUGGAGAAUGUUCCCUGCAUCGUCACUCUGUGCAAGAUUGGCUACCGGCAUGUGGUAGAUGCUACUCUUCAAGAAGAGGCCUGCUCCUUGGCCAGCCUGCUGGUGUCAGUGACCAGCAAGGGAGUGGUGACAUGCAUGAGGAAAGUGGGGAAGGGCAGCCUGGACCCUGAGAGCAUCUUCGAGAUGAUGGAGACCAGCAAGCGAGUGGGCAAGGUGUUGCACACCUCCUUGCAGAGCAUCCUACACAAGGAAGAAAGCCUGGGGCCCAAGAGACAGAAAGUCGGAUUCCUGGGGUGAUCUGCCCGUCGUCCCUUCCCCGUGGAUUGUUUUUGUUUUUUACUCUUCCUUUUGAACUGAAGUUUGUAUAUAUUUUUCUUAACCGUUACAAAUUUAAGGCAGUGUUCGUACAAGUAAAAUUAAAGUCUGUUUUCAGGUCUG